AUGAACCAGAGCCGGAAUCCGAUCGCCUUGCUGCUGCGCAUGUCUAUGCCGCAAUUUCUCUUCCUCGUGGCCGUUUCGUUAAGCCUGCUGGGCGUUCUUAUGUUUCGCGACGUGAUUCGCUCCGCGUGGAUCGGCGAAACGCAGCCUGGAUCACUGUGGCCACAACCGGAGCCGCUUAUACAGGAGCAUUCGGGCCAGGCACCGUCCGACUUAUCCGAAACCGGUCUUCUUCGUAGAAGUCGUCAACAAGCAGCGGGCGUCCUUAUAUCGCGUAAGAAGCAAGGGUCAACGCGGUUAGCGUCCCGCGGGUUUGAUCAGCUCCCUCUGCAUCGCCGGCUGGAAGCGGCGCUGGUCGUCUGCAAGCAGCAGUUAUCUGCCUGCAAGCCGUCACUUCUAAACUGUCGCCGGCUGAAUGGCAGUCAGGGUCGCGACGUCGCCCUCCCAAGCGCCCAGGGGCUCGGUCCCGGUCGGCCUAACAGUGCGGAAGUUCGGAGCGGGGGAGGCUCAGGGGGGAGAAACGAGGGGGACGAUGGGGGAUCGAGUGAGUUGGAGUGCGAAGAUAGCGCGGGCGUGCAGCGGUGUGUGACAAUAGCGGAGUCGUGCAAGCGCGUGUCGUUGCUGUUCCAGAAGGAGCGCGGAAAUGUGGCGGGGAAGGGAGUGGGAGGUCGAAGCGACGCGGCAGAGGGUGCAGGGGACGGGGAAUCCCAAGGGCGAAACGCCAACCAGGGCAGGCCGGCUGUGCCUGGAGUCAUGGACGUGAGCUGCGAGCCCUUCGGCAUGCUCUACCGCAAUGCGUGCCUCUGCCCCGCCCUCAGGCCAGGCACUUACGCCUGCGCGCCAUUCCGCCUGGAGGGCGAGCGGGCGGCGCAAGGGGGCGGGGCGCAGGGCGGGAUUGCCCUGUACGUGCCGCAGCCUUUCCUGGGGGACUUCAUCGUGUCACGGAAUGGGCUGGACGAGCUCACUCCGCCCUCUCAAGCCAACGACACUGCCGUGCCUCUCCUCAGCAACACAGUGAGCACCCUUGCAGACGAGCCACAGCGGCUCAUACAGCAGCCACAGCAGGGGCGGGGGGUGCGAGGGGAGCAGCAGGGCGGGGAGGCCUCUUCCCCACGGUAA